ACAUAAAGGUUCUCCACGUCCCCAUCAGACUCAGGAGCCCAGAUGGCUACACCCAGUGGAUCCCGCACAGGGGCUACAGGUGGAGCUGCCUGCUAGUUCCGCACCCUGCGCCCGAACUUCUCAGCCCUUGGGUGGUCCAUGGGACUGGGAGCCCUGGAGCAGGGGGCGGCGCUCGUCUGGGAGGCUCGGGCCGCACAGGAGCCCACAGAGUGGGGAAGGCUCAGGCAUGGCGGGCUGCAGGUCCCGAGCCCUGCCCCGCAGGGAGGCAGCUAAGGCCUGGCGAGAAAUCGAGCGCAGCGCCGGUGGGCCGGCCUGCUGGGGGACCCAGUACACCCUCCGCAGCCGCUGGCCUGGGUGCUAAGCCCUUCCUUGCCCGGGGCCGGCAGGGCCGGCCAGCUGCUCCGAGUGCGGGGCCCGCCGAGCCCACACCUACCCGGAACUCGCGCUGGCCCGCAAGCACCGCGCACAGCCCCGGUUCCCGCCUGCGCCUCUCCUUCCACACCUCCCCGCAAGCUGAGGGAGCCGGCUCCGGCCUUGGCCAGCCCAGAAAGGGGCUCCCACAGUGCAGCGGCGGGCUGAAGGGCUCCUCAAGUGCCGCCAAAGUGGGAGCCCAGGCAGAGGAGGCGCCGAGAGCGAGCGAGGGCUGUAAGGACUGCCAGCACGCUGUCACCUCUCACUGUUUGUCUGUAGGGUUGAUGGUUCUGUGUCGCUGGCCUCAGCCUCAGGACAGAACAUGACCAGUGUCCCCCCUGGAUACCAGCCAGGGGCCGUGCCAGGUGUGGAGAUUGAAGAUGGGGCCAGCAGGGCCCUGCUCAGUGGAGCUGCCUAUAAGCACCAGAGUGCCCAGGGCCAGGAUGGAACCAUCAAAGCCGGCCACAGGGCCCUGUGCCCAGGGUAGGUGCCUUCUCCCUAUGAGCCGCCUAACGGCAAGCCCUGCCUCCUGGCCUGCUCCCUGCCCUCCCCUAGACAGUCUCCCAAGUUCACUGGCACCAGCCAGUCCAUGAGGGGCCCUGGUAGCGAGCGGGGCCCAGAGAAGUCUGUAGGGGCUAGGCAAUCCAGGAAAGCUUCCUGGAGGAGUAGGGCGUUUGGAAUCGCGUGUUAUUUGUUCACUUUGUUGUGUGUGCUCUAACGUCCUGUGUUCUCCAUCACAGUUUAUCUUAUUCCCUGCUGCCCUCAGCACAGUGCCUGGCGCGCAGUGGGAACCGAAUGACCCCCUCCUAUUCCUUAUGUCAGUUGCCUACUGUCUGUUUCUUUCACCGUAAGCGGGAAUCUGUCCGGUUCGCGGCUGCUUCCCAGGCGCCCAGACCAGCGACCAGCACCGCGCAGGCGCUAGGCACAGACCGAGAACGGACGCCCCACACAGGGGCGCCCUGCGGCGAGGCGGGUCCCGGCCGCGCCCGGCGGAGCCGGGGAACUACAAGUCCCAUGGUGCAUCGCGGGCGCCAGCGCGCAGACGCAGCCGCCCUCGGCGUCCUCUGUAGCGGGCGACCUAGGCCGCGGGACCGGGACCGAGGUAAAGGCCAGGGCAGCGCGUCUGGGAGCGGAGUCUGCGCCCCCCGCCGCCAUGCCGGACAGCUGGGACAAGGAUGUGUACCCUGAGCCCCCGCGCCGCACGCCGGUGCUGCCCAAUCCCAUCGUCUACAUGAUGAAGGCGUUCGACCUCAUCGUGGACCGACCCGUGACCCUCGCGAGAGAAUUUGUAGAGCGGCAGCAUGCAAAGAACAGGUAUUACUACUACCACCGGCAGUACCGCCGCGUGCCGGACAUCACUGAGUGCAAGGAGGAGGACAUCAUGUGCAUGUAUGAGGCCGAAAUGCAGUGGAGGAGGGACUACAAAGUCGACCAAGAAAUUAUCAACAUCAUGCAGGAUCGGCUCAAGGCCUGUCAGGUGAGGGAAGGAGAGAACUACCAGCAGAACUGUGCCAAGGAAGUGGAGCAGUUCACCCAGGUGGCCAAGGCCUACCAGGACCGCUAUCAGGACCUGGGGGUCUACUAUUCUGCCAGGAAGUGCCUGGCCAAACAGAAGCAGAGGAUGCUGCAAGAGAGAAAAGCUGCAAGAGAGGCCGCCGCUGCCACCUCCUGAGGCUGUGUAGCUCUGUAUGACUGUUGCUGAAAUAUAAAGCCCUGCAACCUG